AUGGCCUGUCCUCUAGCCACCGCGACGACUCCAUCUCAGCGACGUCCUUCAGUCUCAAGACCGAAACUUACCCUCCAAACAUCUUCCCUGCCCCGAUCUUUUGGCAGCUCAUCGACCGGUCUGUCGCUCUCUCUCGCCGGAGGGGCUACCGCUUCUCCCACCGUUCGCAACACCUUCAAAAAUGCAUACGAUGUCCCUGUCCCCUCCUCCGCCACCGCCUCGCCUUCCAAAUCCACCAACCACCGGUUCACCAAGCCAUCCUCCCCAUACCCAUCAAAUAACCCUUAUCAGCUUCCUCUGGGGGUCAAGAGUAUCCUUCGCAACUCUCCGCUAGAACCAACCACCCGAAGUCGAUCCCUCUCUGUGGCCACCACUCCCAACGGAUUACAACCUCCGCGCCGGGUCUUCUUCCCAGCCAAGAAACAAGUGAGCUAUCGCCAGCCGUUGGAGGAAGAGAUCCGUACGGUGCGUUAUACUGCACGGCACUCCGAUCUUACCGCGGAGUCGGAUCCCGACCCUCGCGAAGCUGGCUCCGACGAGGACUCGGAUUCCACCGCCAGCCUAACCCUCUCGGACGCAAGUACGUCGGAGGAUGAUGUCGACGGAAAACGCCGGGGCGAGGGCAAAAAGCGAAAGCACCAUGGCGCAGACAGGCAGGUGCGCGCCGUGGCCCUGAUGGACGGGCUGCAAGGAGAAAAGUAUAGCUCCGACUCUGUGACCCCUCAGACGCCUUGCCAGUCCCGUAGUAAGCGUCGCUGCGAAUGGCGAUGGACCCUGGGCCCGCUGGAACUACGGGGUGGGUCUGACGCAUCGCAAGAACCGACGACGAAGACCGCCCUACCGGAGGAAGAAGCCACGAGCCAACCGUCCUGCAACUCGUCUGAUACUUCCUCAGGGAGCCCUCACAGCCCUGAUCCCACUGAAUGCACGACGACCGACGAGAUUGACCGCGUGUCUCGCCGUCAGACCGAAUGA